UUCUAAGAUAUAAUUACCUACCUACCUACGUAAGGUAACACCGGAUUCCGAGCGAACGGCACAUUCUUAGUUCCUGGAUUGCCAACUGCUAUGUUAGGUGCAGAGCAAUUCUCCAACCAAUGAGAAGCUGAGCCGAUAUUCACUAUAAACGUUAUAAUUCAUACCUCCACAAAGCUUUAGCUAAUUUGGAAUACAUCUUACUGUCGUGUUCAAUGGGUGGAUAUGAGUGCUGGAUUGGCCACGUUGCACUCGCUAGGUGCUGCACAUUAAUAGAAAUCACGAACGAUUUUGUCUGGUAUAAAUUUAUCUUCUCAUCGCUGCCAGGGUGGCGGCUCGGACAUGAGGAGGGUCGGAUCGAUAACCCUAGUGUAUCGACAGAGGAGUGGGAUUCUCUUCUUAAUACCGGAUUUUUAGGGGUAGAUAAUUACCUCGGGGUCGACCCCAACAAAUCCAAGUCCGGGCUAUCCAUCAUCACAAGUCAAGCAAUUGAUCCAGUAGUGAGCAUCUUAAGAAACCCUUUGGCAGCAACGCACGACUCAGUCCAGACCGAGAGUCUCGUCAUACUCAGUGGGCGGAAGACGCAAUGGCGUAACAGGGCGCUCGAAGCAUUACGCUUCCUGAGGCCGUUUGUAUCCAACACUCUAGUUGUUGACGGGCUCGAAGAUACGAACCUAGUCGUAGCUCUGGGAAGCGCAGUUGUCUGCCUCGCGGAUUUGGAAGAAGUCGCUUUUAAGAACAUGACACAGAGGAAGUUCUCCGCACUCCAGUUGGUGAUGCGAGAAUCCCCUAACAUUCGUAUGCAAUUCGUCGAUAUCGAUUCUUCUAUAGAAGCUAGUGCCCCGGUUUCGGUGAUAGUUUCCCAGUCUCUCUUGCGGAUGUUAUGUCAUGACAUUCCCACUACUGUGAAUGUCUUGUGGUCAGACGAGAGCGAGGUUGUCAUUGAAGGGAACGAUACAUAAAGAAUUGUCAUAAGCCUCGUGUCGCCGACGACUUGUCCAAUUACGUUGACUUAGGUAAGGAUUCAGGGGGUACGCUGAUGUUAGAAAAGUUCAAGUCAGUCUAGAUAAGAAGAAAUUCUUCC